ACCAGUCCCUCUGACUAUUCGCGCAGCAUCGUUCGGUGGACACGUGACUGUAAGGCCUAGAUCACGCGUGUGCGCGAACGUCACUUCCUUCACAGUGUCUUCCGCGAUUUUCAAUUUUUUCCAGUGAUUCAAACAUUUCUCCUAACAAUAAAAUAAAAAAUUGAAAUUUUCGCAGCCGUCAAAUUAAACGUCUGACGGACCGAAUGUUUUCAUCAAUCCACUCAAAUCCGCACGAGGAUAAGAAUCAUCAGGGUUUUUCUGAACUAGUGCCGUCCUGACCCGAAAGAAUUUCCUCAAUUUCAUGUGUUUUUGUUAAAGACAAGUUUGGAUUAAUUUGAAAAUAAAAUCGAAUUUUCUUCAAUUUUUGUUUUUUAUUUUUGGUUUUUUAGUGACUUUUAAAUGUGAAAUCAGGGUGCAAUCAUUCUUGACAUUGAUUCUUCAAAAGGUUUAAAGAAUCCAGAGAGACCGCGAGUAAACUUGUGAAUUGAGGUGACUACUUUUUCAUCAGGGCUAAUUAGCGUCAUUCAAUAAAAGUAAAAAUGGCAUCGGCAGCUGCUGAAUUGGUGGCUGAAAGGGAAGCAGUGUCACGACAUGAAAUAAUCAAGGACACAAACAGGUCAUUCGUAGGGGCAGAAGGCCUCGUUCGAAUGGCUUUAGAGCAAUAUACUGAAAUCUUAACGACUGCUUCCGAUCCAAGAGUGAGCGACUGGCCUCUAAUGGAUUCCCCCUUCCCAACUUUUGCAAUUGUGCUUUUGUACCUGUACUGUGUGACAAUUCUUGGUCCACGCAUUAUGGUCAACAGAAAACCCUUUCGCCUCAGGAACGUCCUCGUUGCUUACAAUGCUUUUCAAGUAGUUUUUUCUUUGGGGAUGAUGUAUGAGCACUUAAUGUCAGGAUGGUUGCUAGAAUACAGCUACAAAUGUCAACCAGUUGAUUACUCUCAUAAUCCUUCAGCCCUCAGGAUGGCCAAUCUUUGUUGGUGGUAUUUCAUAAGCAAAUUUACAGAAUUCGCUGAUACGAUAUUUUUCAUCCUGCGAAAAAAAGACAGCCAAGUGACGUUUUUACAUCUUUAUCAUCAUUCCCUGACUCCCCUCGAAACUUGGAUAUGCGUUAAGUUUAUUCCAGGAGGACACGGUACUCUCGGAAACUUGAUAAACAAUGCUGUCCAUGUGGUGAUGUACUUGUACUACAUGUUAUCAGCGAUGGGACCUGAGUACCAGAAAUAUCUCUGGUGGAAAAAGCAUUUAACAACAGUCCAACUGGUCCAGUUCUUUUUGGUGUUCAUUCACAGUGCCCAGGCUUUAGUAUUUGAUUGUGGAUAUCCGAAACUCGUAGCUGCUCUUCUCUUGCUCCACUCAACGAUUUUCUUCGCCUUGUUUUCCGACUUCUACAGACAAGCCUAUCGCAAAGAAAAAUCACCGUCUGUCACUAAAGAAUAUAAAUCAAAGUAAACAUGUGUCGGAAAGAAUCCUGAUUUUUAAAUGGACGAGAUACCCUUUCGCUUUAAUCUAGUCCUACUCGUGCCCGAUUCUCGAUCGCAAAAUAGCCAUGGGCGGAUCGUCCGAACAGAUGAUGAGUACAUAGAUCGGGGAAGGAAUCGCGAGACGGCGUUUUUUUCACGCCAACGUUUCUUGGAUGGAAUCGAGCUUUGAUAAUCUAAAAUAUUAAUUUUUAAAAAAUUAACAUGUAUAAUAUUUGUUUUAAAUUAAAAUUAAACUAUAUCGAUCUAUUAAGGUCACUUUGAGUAAAUGUAAACAUUAAAUUCUUAUACAUAUCAUCAAAAUUUUAAUAAUACAAUACUGCCCUACAAGAGGUUAUAAGUAUUUUCUCGUCUUUUUUUGUUUGUCAAUUGGCAGCAAUAUAUUCCAUGUUAACUCUUAAUGUUUACUUGAAACUCAUAAAGAAAAUAUAAACUUUUUUAUUUUUUGAUAAAUUAAGUUAUUGCUGAAAAUAAAAUUUUUUCUUUACAUUUACCUCGUCUGACCCUAUAUUAUUUUCUUAUUUAUGUCUUUAACUUUCUUGACAUUAUUUAUCUAAGUUAUAAUUAAUUAAAAUUUUAUUUAUCAUAUUUCUAAAUUUAUGUUUGUUUUUUUGUAAAUCUUUAUUUUUGUUUUUAUCUAAAUGUUUAUUUAUGAUAAUCUCUAAAUUUUAUUUCUUAUUAACAUUAUGUAAGCUUCGCUUGCUCUACAAUUUUACUGAAUAGAAAUCAUUGAAUACAAUUAUCCACUAAAUUAAUAAUUUCCAUAUUUAAUAAUACGAAUAAUUAAACUUAUUAUAAUUGAUUAUAAUUGGACUAAAUUGUGUCAUUCAAUUUCGUGUAAAUGAAAAAGAAAACUUUUUAUUUAAAAUGCCAUGCGGAAGUAAAAGAAUCAGGAAUAAAAGUUUCAAAUAUGAAAAUAAAAAGAAUUAAUAUCGAAGGUCGAUUCAUCCGCGUAAUUAGCUGCCUUUGCGAAAAAUCAAGAUAGUAAAAUCAGACACUUGAAAAUGGGAAACUUUUUAUGGACAUAAUGUCCUCUUUUUAUUUUCCCAAAAAUAAUUUUUCAUCAGAAAACUCCAUUGAAUUUCAGCUCGAUGAAAGAGAAAAAUUCAAGUUAGAGUGCAUGACCGAGUUUAAGAAACGCAUAGAGAUCUGAUGUUUAAAGUUCUAAUUUUAGAAGUGAUAAAUUAUUAUUAAUAUUACUAUUAUUAUCAUUAUUAUUAUUAUUAUUUAUCGUAAAUUAAUCAAGUUUCUUAGAUGAGAUUUUUUGUUAGAGAAAAUCCCAAACAUAAGUCAUUUUUAGGAAUUGCGGUUUGUAAAACUAGGUAGGCUUUAAAAUAAAUAAAUAUAUAUAAAUAAGCAUAUACUCAAAAUCUACAUUAGUUAAAAGUAACCAGAAAUUAAUUAAAUUCAUUUAUAAGUUAUACCAAAUUAUCUAAAAUUUCAGUACAUUUUUAUUAAUAACUUCAACUAGUUUAAUUCAACUAUUUUUUUAGUUACUUUUUGACUAAAAACUAGUUAUUUUUAACUAAUUCAGACUUAGAGUUUAUAUACAUAAAAAGAGUAUAUAUAUUAUAUAUAACUAUUUAUAUGGGUGAUUUUCCACAAACUGAUUUUUAUGUCCCUAACGUAUAAUAAAAAAAUAAAAUAAAAUAAAAAAGAAAAUAAAAAAAAAAAAUUAGAAAACAAUCCACAAAUUUCACUACCAUGGCAAGUCCAUAAGUUCAAACUUUUAUAUGCGAUGUUUCUCUAAACAUUGUAUUUUUAUUACCGUGGAUUUUAGGUUACUAUCAUGGCAACACUAUUUUACUAUUUCUAGAAUAUUUUCAAGAACUUUAAGUUUGGUGUAAAAUCAUUUUUACUGCUUAUUCAACUAAGAAAUAGAAGUGAAAUAAUAUUAAUACCCAUUGAUUAUUCAAAAAUUAAAAAAAAUUUAAAGCCUGAAAAAUCCAGUUUGUGGAAAAUGACCCGCGUAUAUAAAAAUUAUACUAUUAUACAUUAUGCAUUUCUAAAUUCUUGACAGUCGCAUCAGUCACCUAAAUUAAACAUUAACAAAUUUUCUAAGAGAACGAUUCUCCCACUUAUUCCUUUUUAAUCAAAAUUGAAAUAAAUUUUAAUCAAGCGCAGAUAUAUUAUCUUUGAAUUGAUAGUUUAAAAAAUUUACUGUUUUUAACUAAUUGUAAGUUUAAUAUUAAUUUAUUUUGAUAAUUAAAAAUUAUUAGAAAUUA